CAUCUAGGUAAUCUCGGGCUCUGAAAGGUCGGUGAGGGACUGGCUCCAGCCGAAGCACUGGCGACGCUGGCAGCGCCAGGGUUGUGACAAACUCAACCUUGAGAGGUGCAGCCAUGCUGGCCGCGGCGGGUUCUCUGGUGACCGCCUUGUCUGCUGCGCUCCAUGCCCAGACUCUGCUGCUGGCUGUCGUCGUCUUUCUGUUCCUCGCGGACUUCCUCAAAAGCCGCCGUCCAAAGAACUUCCCACCCGGACCUUGGCGCCUGCCCUUCGUGGGCAACUUCUUCCAGCUGAACUUUGAGCAGUCCCACCUGAUGGUGCAGCAGCUUGUGGAGAAAUAUGGGAAUGUUUUUAGCCUAGACAUCGGUGUCAUAACUUCAGUAUUUAUAACUGGACUGCCCCUAAUCAAAGAAGUCUUUACUCAUAUGGAACAAAACUUUUUGAACCGUCCCAUCACCCCUAUCAGAGAACGUAUCUUCAGUAAAAAUGGAUUGAUCAUGUCCAAUGGCCAAACAUGGAAGGAGCAAAGAAGGUUUACCAUCAUGACACUGAAGAACUUUGGGUUGGGAAAGAAGAGCUUAGAGCAGCGUCUUCAGGAGGAGGCCCACCACCUUGUGGAAGAGAUAGGAGAGGAGAAAGGACAGCCUUUUGACCCUCACUUCAAGAUCAACAAUGCAGUUUCCAACAUCAUUUGCUCCAUCACCUUUGGGGAGCGCUUUGAGUACCAGGAUAGCCGGUUCCAGGAGCUACUACAGAUGCUGGAUGAGGCCACGUAUUUGGAGGCUUCAAAACUGUGCCAGUUCUACAACAUCUUCCCAUGGAUAAUGAAGUAUCUUCCUGGACCACACCAAAAACUCUUCAGCAACUGGGAAAAACUGAAAUUAUUUGUUUCACAAAUGGUUGAAAAUCACCAGAGAGACUGGAAUCCUGAUGAACCCAGAGACUUCAUUGAUGCUUUCCUCAAUGAAAUGGCAAAGCACCCAGACAAGACAGUUACGAGUUUCAAUGAAGAAAACCUCAUCUGCAGCACGCUGGACCUCUUCUUUGCUGGAACCGAGACAACAUCUACAACACUGCGCUGGGCUCUGCUCUACUUGACCCUCCACCCAGAAGUCCAAGAAAAAGUACAGGCUGAGAUUGACAGAGAGAUUGGCCAUGGAAAGCAGCCAAGCCUGGCAGUUCGAGAAUCCAUGCCCUAUACUAAUGCUGUCAUCCAUGAGGUGCAGAGGAUGGGCAACAUCAUCCCCCUCAAUGUUCCCAGGGAAGUGACAGUUGACACCACUUUGGCUGGAUUCCACUUGCCAAAGGGAACUAUGGUCCUGACCAAUUUGACUGCACUGCACAGGGACCCCAAAGAGUGGGCCACGCCAGACACAUUCAAUCCAGAGCAUUUCCUGGAGAAUGGACAGUUCAAGAGAAGGGAAUCCUUCCUGCCAUUCUCAAUAGGAAAGCGUGCUUGCCUUGGAGAACAGUUGGCCAGGUCUGAGCUGUUCAUUUUCUUCACUGCCCUUAUGCAAAGAUUUACCUUCAAGCCCCCAGUCAAUGAGAAGCUGAGCCUGAAAUUCAGAACAGGCCUCACCCUUUCCCCUGUCACCCACCACAUCUGUGCUGUUCCUAGGAUGUGAUGUUGGAAAGGAAAUAUGAAGAAAUGGCCUGUGCUUUGAAGCCAUUGGUACCAGAUCAUCUGUAGAAGAUAAGAAUGACAGUGACAUUGACAUCUUUAUAGGGGCAUUGGACUAGAAGAAAACUGGGUCUAAUUCCUGGACUGCUGUUGCUACAUCAAAACUGGCAUUGGGAAAAUGGUCUCUGUGCUCUAUGAUUUGUCUGCAUCUGAGAUUUGCAAGGAAUGAUUCCUUGCACAGACUGUGCUUGUAAGGGUCAAAGGAAAUGUUGGAUUUGAAAUAUAAUUUAUAAACUACA